AUGGAUAGCGUCAGCGCUCAAUCCGUCUUCAACGUCAUAUCGGAUGUGGUGGAGAUUUCGAAAACUAAGAAAACUCACCCACCUCCAUUUCUAGUGCGACAUACGCUAUUCUUCUUUCCUAUAUUAGUCAUCAUUUCCAUCGGUAUAUUACUAUUAUCAUAUACGAUUCCUAGGAUAUAUCGAUUCAUAAAAUCAUUCUUUGUCAAAAAGGAUUAUCGACCAAUACUAUAUAACGAUGAAGAUGGAGAUGGAGAUGGUGAAAAUGAAAUUGAAACUGCAGAACCAAGUCCAUCCACGCCAUAUAUGCCUUCAGGUGGAUUAUGGUCAGAUCUAAGAGCUCAUAUUAGAUCCAUGAAAGAAUAUGGUUCAAUACUUUUCUUCUUAGAAGUAUUGAGAACAUUGUGUAUCGCAACUCUACUUGGUUUAACGGUCUAUGCUGCUGUUCAAGCCGAAUCACCUGAAUCAAGAAAAGAUCUAGUAGAUCUAGGCGUCGAAAUGGAUAUGGAUAUGGAUAUGGUCAUGGGUGAUGUAGAUGCUAUGGGACGUUGGGGAAAACAUAAGAAACAUAAGAAGAAGAAGCAUAGGAAGAAUAUUGUAGAUGAUUACUCCAGUUUGGAAUUGGGAGAAUUUGGUGUCGUUGGAUUCUACACUUACACUCUGAUCUUCUCAUUCCUCCUCCUUACCCUUCGACCUGCUACACCUCUUCGUCGCCAUCUCAUCGCUCACGUGGACAUCCUUCUCCUUGUGGGCUGGUGUAUUUACGUCUAUCGAGAUCUCUGGCCCCUUCUUACCUACAACCUCUUCCCAUCAGAUAUCAACAACGCUAUCACCUGGUCUCGUGUGGGAAUACUAUCAGUGGCUGCUGUAUUGAUCCCUUUACUCCGACCAAGAACGUAUGUCCCAGCCGAUCCUCAAAACCCUACUCCAGAAAACGAGAUUCACCCAGAACAAACUGCGCCUGUCUUAUUCUACAUCUUCUACGAGUAUAUGACUCCUUUGGUCUGGAGAGCUUGGAAAGUUUCCUCAUUACCUUACGAUGAUAUGCACCCACUGGCUGACUAUGAUCGAGCGGAACUUCUAUAUCGCAAACAUAUCGAGACCCUCGAUCCGGUCCGCCGCCGGGAUAGAGGUCUCAAACCUCGAAACCUUUUGACAAGCUUAGCAGUAGUCUUCAAAAAGGAGAUCAUGAUCAUCUGUUCCAUGUCGGCACUGUCUGCUGUAGCUGAAAUGGCCGGAUCCGUCGGUAUCAAUCAGUUGUUGGAUUACCUGGAGAAGGAUGGAGAGGGUGCUACUCUGAGACCAAUCAUUUGGAUUGCAUUCCUCUUCAUCGGUCCUACAAUCGGAUCAUUAACUAUUCAAUAUUACAUUUUCACCACUACUCGAGCUUUGGUUCGGAGUGAAGCUCUCCUGACACAACUGCUCUUCGAUCAUGCUUUGAGAUUACGGAUGAAGGAUGCGACCGAUGAAGGGACAAAGGAGGAAAUCACGAAGCCGACGCCUGCUAUCACCGUGGAAGAAUUCGUAGAACCUGGUCCUGGAUUAGCGGAAGCAGGUCUUCCCGACGGUCCCGAGUCAACCGACGCCACUGAGGUAGGAAGCUCAAACGGGUCUAACGGAGCUAAGAAAUCUGAUAAGGAGAUUGCUGCGGACGAAGAGGCUAAGAAAUCAACCGGUCAAGGAUUGGCUGGUAAGAUCAAUGUCUUGAUGGCAGCGGACAUUGAUACCGUCCUCAAUGGCCGAGAUCUCGCUUUGAUAUUCGUUUAUACUCCUAUUCAGCUUGCACUCUGUGUUUUCCUGCUUUACCGUAUUCUCAGCUGGAGUGCUCUUGUUGGAAUGUUAACUAUCGUCAUCACCCUUCCUGUUCCCGGUCUGAUCACCAAGCUAAGCACUCAAUUCCAGACUAAGCGGAUGGAAGCUACCGACUCUCGGGUCGAUUCUAUCACUGAAGCAAUCGGAGCUCUGAGAAUGAUCAAGAUGUUCGGUUGGGAAGACAGAGUCAAAGAGCGGAUCGCAGCUAAACGGGAGACUGAGUUACAUCUCAUUUGGCAAAGAAGACUCACGUCUUUAGCUGUCUUCAUCCUGAAUCAGAUCCUUCCUGUAUUGACAAUGGUCGUCACUUUCGCGAUGUAUACUCUGGUACAAGGCCGACAGCUAUCUGCCGCGACAGUGUUCACCAGUAUGGUUGUAUUCGAGCUGGUUAAGAGUCAGAUGGGAAUGUGUUUCUAUUUGAUCAACGAAACCGUCGCCGCUUGGGUGUCUGUACAGCGAAUUGAUAAUUUCCUUAAUUCGAGCGAAAUGAUUGACGAAUAUUCCGAGGGUAAAAUUGCGACUAUCAAAACUGCCGAGCAACUCGAAGCUGAAACCGAAGGAUUGAUUCGGAUACAUGAUGCUACUUUCACAUGGGGCCCAAUUGCCAAUAACAAAGUGGAAGACUUCAGCCUUAAAAUCGAGGAUGUCACUUUCAUCAAGGGAAAAAUCAAUUUGAUCACUGGAUCUACAGGGAGUGGAAAGUCUUCCCUUCUCAAAGCUCUUAUUGGGGAACUUCAUUUCGAGCAAAAACAAGGGUCGUUCUUCCAUCUUCCACGUGAAGGAGGAGUCUCCUACGCCGCACAAGAAAGUUGGUGUAUGUCCGAUUCUAUCAAAGAUAACAUCCUAUUCGGCGAACCUUAUGAACACGAUCGAUACAUUCAAACUCUCCGUGCAUGUGGCUUGGAGCCUGACCUCAAGCUAUUUGACGAUGGUGAUAGGACUGAAGUAGGGGAGAAAGGAAUCACUCUGAGUGGUGGACAAAAAGCAAGAUUGACUUUAGCUCGAGCUGUCUACUCCAAAACUGAAAUAGUACUUCUUGAUGUUUUGCUGAUUACUCAUCACGUUGGACUCGCCGCUCCCAUUGCCGACUACAUGCUGGCUCUCAAUUCGGAUGGUACAGUCAAAUCUCAAGGUCUUAUUGAGGAUGCCCGUCUUCCUGACGAAGAUAUGGAGAAGGAAGCUCAGGAAGAUGUAAAAGCUUCUGAAGAAACUGUAUCUGCUGACACCAAGAUCGCUGAAGAAAAACCUGUUAAUAAGCUUGUAAAGGACGAGGAGAAGGGUGAAGGCAGAAUAUCAAAGAAAGCUAUGAUCUCAUUCUUCAAGACAUUCGGUGGACCUAUCUUUUGGUUGACAUACUUCUCACUGCUGUUGAGCGGACAAGGCUUCAACUCGUUCCAGACUUAUUGGCUCGGAAGAUGGGCCCGUGCUUACGAAGAAUAUGAAGAUCCAACAAAGGUUUCAGCAGUCUACUAUCUCGGUUUAUAUAUCGUUUGGGUAUUAUUGAGUUUGGGGUCUUUGGCUUCUGCCGCUACUUUGUAUUAUAUCGGAGCCAUCAAGGGUUCAAGAGAAAUUCACAGGAAAUUGACUGAUCAAAUUUUCGGAGCAUAUAUGAGAUUCUUAGACUCUACACCUGUAGGAAGAAUCAUCUCUCGGUUCACAAAGGACAUGAAAAAUGUCGAUGGAUCUUUCACGGAUAACUUUAACGAAGUUUCUGACAUCACCAUCGGUCUUAUUCUCAAAUUCGGAGUUGUCAUCGCCUUUGUGCCAUUUUUCUCCCUUCCUGCUUUAGCCAUUGGUCUCGUAGGAGGAUUCUUGGGAGAAGUUUACAUUCACAGUCAAUUGAGUGUGAAGAGAGAAAUGUCUAACACGAAGAGUCCAUUGUUCUCUCACUUCUCUGCAGCCGUCAACGGUAUCGUAUCCAUCCGUGCAUAUGGUGCCCAACAAAAACUUCGAGCUGAGGCUCAGAAAAAGGCUGAUAAAUACACUCGAGUCGCUACUGCUCUACAACCUCAAUCGAUGGCAUUUUUAGUCUACGGACCUAGACUUGAUGCAUCUACCACCGGUUUCGCUUUGAGUCAAGCAAUCUCCUUUUCUGCUAUGAUUUUGUGGUGGGUUAGAAUGGUCAACGAGAUGGAAGUGCAAGGAAACUCUGUAGAGCGUAUCGAAGAUUACCUGAAGAUCGAUCAGGAACCCAAGGCUACUAGUUCCAAACAACCACCCGCAGCAUGGCCAACCUCUGGUUCUAUCGUACUUGAUAAGCUUUCCGCACGAUAUACACCCGAUGGACCUACAGUACUUGACAAGCUGAAUGUUACUAUUGCAAGUGGUGAAAAAGUUGGUAUUGUCGGAAGAACAGGUAGCGGAAAAUCUACUUUGGCUUUAGCAUUACUUCGGAUGAUUCCUACCGAAGGCGAUGUAUGGAUCGAUGGAAGGAAGACUCAAGAUAUCAACCUUCAUUCUCUCAGAAGUCACGUUACUAUUAUCCCUCAAGAUCCCGUACUCCUAUCUGGUAGUCUACGAUUCAAUCUCGAUCCAUUUGGUGAACAUGAUGAUGCCGAAUUGAACGAUGCGCUCCAGUCUUCUGGAUUAGGCCAAACUAGACAACCUGGACAAGGAGGAGGAUCUGUCACUCCUCAAAGAUUGACUCUUGAUACUCCGAUCGCAGCUGCAGGUGGUAAUCUGAGUCAAGGUCAAAGACAAUUAGUCGCUUUGGCAAGAGCCUUAGUUAGGAAUAGUAAAGUGUUAAUCUUGGACGAGGCUACCGCUUCAGUAGAUUUCGAGACUGAUGCGUUGAUCCAAAGAUCAAUUCGAUCAUUACCUUCCACCACGACAGUACUCACCGUAGCUCAUAGAUUAUCAACCGUAAUGGAUUAUGAUAAGAUAUUGGUUCUAGGUGCUGGUAAAGUACUAGAACAUGAAUCACCAAAUACAUUGAGAAGUAAUCAAAACAGUUAUUUCGCAAAACUGGUCCAUGCAAUGGAAGGAGGUACGGUAAGUAGACAAUCUACUGUUAGUUCUUAG